AUGGCUUUUUCUUCUCUGAUCAGAUCAUCAAUGACGACCAUAACAGGAGUAGCAGCAGCGGCAGCUUAUCCAGUGAUCUCCUUGAGAUCUCGCUCCCCGCAGUUGCACCACAUCUCCUUUCGAAAAACGACAUCGAAAAAAAAUUAUGGUUUGAAGUCAGCUUCACUUUCUGUUAAGUUCCGAAUAAGCUCUCUCAACUUUGGAUCACAGCCACCACGUACUGUUGGUCUUAGAGUUUCUUGCAGUGCUGAGCUUUUUAUGGCUCUGGAGAAUGAAUUUAACAUUGACAUACCAGAGGAAGAACAAGAAAAUAUCAGCACCGUACAGGCAGCAAUUGAUUAUGUUACCAGCCACACAGCAUGA